AUGAUCGGGACCUUUGCUCAAACGGCUCCUCGAAACCGACAAUCUCUUGAUCAAGGGACCUUGCUCCUCCAGGAGCAACAGCCCCUCAGGGGUAUUGAUCAACAACACUCAAGCAAUCUCUUGAUCAGGGCCUUGCUCAACAACUUCCUCCAAACCGACAAUCUCUUGAUCGAACCUUGCUCAACAACAGCUCCUCAAAGCCGACAAUCUCUUGAUCAGGAACCUUCAGAUCAUCAACAACAGCUCCUCGAAGAACCGAAUCAAUCUUGCUUGACAGCUCAGGGCAACAACCUGACAGUCUUGAUCAACAGCUCCUCAGAGGCACGACAAUGCCAGCUCUCAACAACAGCUCCUCAAACCAAAUCUCUUGAUCAAGGACCUUGCUCAACAACAUCCUCAGGUAGAGCCGACAACAGCUCCUCAGAUCAACAGAUCUUAUCAGACCUUGAUCAACAACAGCUCCUCAAGGCCGACAAUCUGCCCGGUGAGACCUCUCUUGACCAACAACCUGGCAGUCAAGACCUUGCUCCAACAACAGCUCACUCAAACCGACAAUCUCCAGUCAGAGACCUUCAACAACAGCUCCUCAGAGCCAAACUAAUCUCUUGA